AUGUGGGCGCUCACAGCUGUUUGCUAUGUUGGCUGCGUGUCUGCGAUUUCUGGGUUGGAGGACCUCGCAUGCGCCAUCAACAGGCCAGAGUGGCAGGAGUUCCAUGCUACGUAUGAAGUAGCCGCCAAGGCGACCGCGCAGGAAGAGCUCGACGUGCGGUUUGCUGCCCGGACUGCUCUGGCCGAACAGCUGCUGGCACGAACGGCGAACAUCUCCGACGUGCUGUCUUGCAACGUGGGCGUAGUGGCCGGCUUUUACUUGCUGGCCCGACUUGUGGAUCAGGAAGCGGUCGACACGCUGGGCUUGACUGGAAGAGCCCCAAAGGGCGAGGCCGGCCUCGCAUAUCGCCUUUUGCAAUUGGCGCUCGUGUUUAUUUUCACCCUACGCAAUGCCAACCGCAUACCCCCCAUCCCAGGAAGAGCAUGGGGUGUGACAGAGCACCACAUCAUCCCUGCCAUCAUUCACAUGCGGAGGGGACAUGAUCAGAAACUGCGCCGUGACUCUCGAAGUCUUGUACCAAUUGCUCCCAGCUUUCGUGCCGAUCUCAACAUUGCCGUUGUCUCUAUUUGUGCCUAUCCCGAAGACCACCCGCUCGCUUUGCCCAAGCUGACGCCGUCAAACCGCGAGGCCUAUGCGAAUCGGCAUGGCUACGCUCUGCGCUUGCAUUUGGAACACCCCGUGAUUGGUGCGCACGGUUUAGGCGUGCAGCACGCCAAGUUGGCAACUGUUUUAGCAUAUUUGCAGUCCAACGAGUUUGACUGGGUGGCCUGGCUGGAUUGCGACUCCAUCCUUAUGAAUUUGAACCGAACCUUGGAUUCGAUCAUCUACCAGUACGCGCAGAGAAAAGCGCUUGAGCCAACAGACUCCGAUCCAGCGCUGGUGUGUGGGCAGCUGCCUCAAUCACUGGAUGCCUUGACAGGUGAUUGGCUGGACUCCUGGGUUUCUGAUGAUUUUCGAGAUGCCAGCACCAUCCAGCUUUUUGCAGGCGAGACUGAAGAGACGGUGUAUGCAGAGGCUGCCCAGAUCGGUCUGGUCCAUGGAAGGCUCCAAGAUGACGAGCUGGAACUGGACUUUCAGGGAGGGCGUCUCCGUGCGAAUAUUGUAUGGGACGGGUCAGGCCACGCUGAGAGACUUGAGUGGGAGAACGGCGCAGUGUGGCUGCGCAAAGCUGGCGCAGCUGCAGCGCCCUCAAAGUGCCGGGAGCCCUGCCGCCGGCCUGGACCAGGUUGCGACUCUGAACUGCUGGACUCGGACGUAAACCUGCUGAUUACGGAGGAGGGCUGGGGCUUGAGCUCGGCCAAUUGGAUCAUCAAGCGCAGCGCCUGGUCGAUGGACUUCCUUCACAAUGCGCUCACCGCGGCGCAUGUGGAGCUUCAACUCUUUGGCGACCAGGAUGCCAUGAUCCUUCACUUAAUGAACGGUCAGGCACUGGAGGUUGCCAAGAAGCCAAUGGCUGAUGUGUCUUUGAAUGACCCAAUUGACCGACAUGCCGUGGUCGUGCCACAAUUUGAGCUGAACUCCUACGAUGCCCUGAAUGCGCUCACCAUGGAGUGUGAUACAUUCGUUGAGGGGGAUUUGCUGGUGACGUUUCCACAGUGCAAGGAUGCAGAUGGUUGCAAUGACGUCUUUGAGCUAGCGGCUGACUAUGCCAAGGAUGAGGAGAAGCAGCUCUCGUUUGAUGCAGGUAUAGUCGGUAUUCCUCUGCGGCUCUGCGGGUCUUCGGCCCUCGGCCGCUUGUUCGCGAUGUUUUUCUGCGUGAGCAGGCGCAGGCCGAACAACUUCCUGGUGUGCCAGGAUCGGGCAGUGAGCGGCACCCACUGCGUGCUGCACUGCAGAGCCUCCGGCCCUCCCGAAUUCGAGGACUGCAGCACCAACGGCAGCUUCGUGAACGAGCUGAAGCUCCUGAAGGAGCGGCACCCGUUGGCCGACGGCGACGUGCUGUCCCUAACGAAGCCGGCGGAGGAUGGUGUGGCAUCUGGGCCGCGUAUACAGUACAAGCUGGUCUUCAAGGAAGAGGCUGAAGGAGAAGUGCCACCUACAGCGCCAUCAUUAACACCAGAUGCCAAGCCUUCUGUAGACGCUGGGCCAGUGGAGCACUUUGCCCAAGACUUGCUCGUGCAGGAGCAGCAAAGCAAGGCCAAACUCACCGCCGACUUGCUGGUGUCGCAGCGUAAGCUGGAGGAGGAACGUCGCACGGUCGAGACGCUCACUCGCGACCUUCGAAGAACACGGCAGCAGGUGGAGGAGGAGCGUCAGAAGCGCCAAGAUGCAGAGGACUCAAAGGCCAAGCUGGCCGGCGAGGUUGACGUCUUUAGGUCCGAGGCUCGGCAGCUGGAGGAAGUGACGCAAGCGCACCAAGAGCUGCGAGCUCGCCAUGCCGCAGGCGAACAGGACUUGCGGCAGCGUUCACAGCGCUGUGAUGAGUUAGAGGUGCAGCAGCGCCAGAUGCGGCAAGACUUGGCGCAAGUCACGGAGGCGCAGCAGAAGGUGUCGCGGCAGUUGGCUGAGCUGCAGAUCAGGGCAAGACAAGCACAGGAGCGAGCCGAGCGGCUUCAGCAGCAGCAACUGGAGGCGCAGCGAGAGGCCGAGCGGGCCACAGAGGAGGGCCAGCGCCUCCAAGAGGAGCUGCAGGAAGUGGUGUCUAGCCGGGAGCGCUUGGAGGAGGAUGUGGCAAUGAAUGAGGAAGCUGUGGAGAAGGCCGAGACCACGGAAAGAGAGGCGCGUGCGGAGCUGGAUGCUGCCACGUCCAAGCGGGCGGAGUUGGAAUGCCAAGCAGCCGCUGCUCAGUCAGAGGUGGACACAGCAAGGAUCUCCGCGAGCUCCGCGCAGCAGCGCCUGGCGCAGUCCGAAGGCCUGGCAGAGCGCCUGGCCAAGGCCGGCGGCUCCCUCUCUGCGGAGCUGGGCCGGAGGUUGGACCUGUGGGACAAGGUGCUGCUUCAAGGGCUGCCCGCCGCAGCGCAGCAGCUGGAGGAGGCCCUGGCCGGGGAUGUGGCGCCGACCUUUGCGCAGGUGACGUGUCGAGUGGAGGAGGGACUCGGCGGACAAGAAGGAGGAGUAGCGCCGAAAGAGCCCGAACGGCCGGACAGCCCCAAGCCGCAGGAUGCUUGCCCUGCUGCCCAAGCAACGGUGGCUGCGACAGAGUUCGAGCAAGAGGCAGAUCGUGCGGUUCGGGAUGGCCAGGGCUGCUCAACUGCAUGGAGCUUGGAGGUCAUGGAGAUCGAUCCACCCCAGAAGAAGCCACGAAGGAGUUGA